AGCUCCGUUCCGGGGGAAGGCCGAGCUUGAGGCCGCCCCUUCCCUGCCCGGUGGGGCUCGACAUGGCCGCUCCCUGCUUCUUAGGAUGGGAUUUCAGCACGCAGCAGCUGAAAGUCAUUGCUAUUGAUGAACGUCUGAGAGUCAUUUAUGAGGAUAAUGUUAAUUUUGAUAAAGACCUUCCAGAAUUUAAAACUCAAGGAGGAGUCCAUGUUCACAGCGAUCGACUGACAGUCACUUCUCCUGUGCUAAUGUGGAUCAAGGCUCUGGAUAUGAUUUUGGAAAAGAUGAAGUCUUCGGGAUUUAACUUCUCUCAAGUCAGAGCUUUGUCUGGUGCUGGCCAGCAACAUGGAAGUGUAUACUGGAAGAAAGGAAGCAACCAAAUCUUAAAGAAUAUGUCACCCAAGCUGCCUUUACAUCAGUCACUGAAGGCUUGUUUUGCUGUCAGUAACAGCCCCAUAUGGAUGGAUUCUAGCACAUCAUUGCAGUGCAGUGCUCUGGAGAAUGCUGUGGGAGGAGCACAGCAAUUAGCAAACCUUACUGGUUCUCGAGCCUAUGAGCGUUUUACAGGAAACCAGAUAGCAAAGAUUUACAACCAGAAUCCUGAGGUCUACGCACAAACUGAGAGGAUCUCUUUAGUUAGCAGUUUCGCAGCUUCCCUUUUCCUAGGAGCUUAUGCACCCAUUGAUUACAGUGAUGGUUCUGGUAUGAAUCUGCUGCAAAUUUGGGAAAAGGUGUGGUCAGCAUCCUGCCUUGAUGCUUGUGCACCAGGAUUAGCAGAGAAACUGGGAAACCCUGUGCCAUCCCAUUCAGUUCUGGGAUCCAUUUCUCCUUAUUACGUUCAGCGUUAUGAGUUUAGCCCGGACUGUAAAAUAGUAGCCUUUACAGGAGACAAUCCAGCAUCGUUGGCAGGGAUGAGGCUUCAAGAAGGAGAUAUUGCAAUUAGCCUUGGCACAAGUGACACAUUGUUUCUGUGGAUCCAGGAGCCAACACCAGCCUUAGAAGGUCAUAUCCUCUGCAAUCCUGUUGAUUCUCAAACAUACAUGGCACUUUUAUGUUUUAAGAACGGCUCUCUGAUGAGAGAGAGGAUCCGAAAUGAGUGUGCUUCGGGCUCCUGGGAUGAAUUCUCCAAAGCCUUAUCAUCUACUGUUACUGGAAACAAUGGAAACUUGGGUUUCUACUUUGACGUGAUGGAAAUCACUCCUGAAGCAGUUGGGAUUCACAGAUUCAACAGUGACAACCAAAAGGUUUUGAACUUUCCAAAGGAGGUGGAAAUUCGAGCCUUGAUUGAAGGGCAGUUCAUGGCCAAGAGGAUUCAUGCUGAAAAGCUGGGGUAUAAAGUCAUGCCCAAAACAAGGAUUCUGGCUACAGGUGGAGCAUCCCAUAAUAAAAUAAUAUUACAGGUCCUGUCUGAUGUGUUCAAUGCUCCAGUAUACACUAUUGAUACCGCCAACUCUGCUUGUUUAGGAAGUGCUUACAGAGCAAUUCAUGGACUUGUGGCUGAGACAAAAGUGCCCUUGGCUGAUGUUGUGAAAUUAGCACCAGAGCCCAGAUUGGCUGUUACACCAACUGCUGGGGCUGAGGAGAUGCUCAUCAGCCCUGGGAAACGUCACUUGUCCUCAGAUCUCUGUUGUGGCACAAGGAUGAAAUUAGAAAAGCCAGAAGUGAGGUGGAGAUGUUGAGGGAGUGAGGUUAAGAAUAAGGAUUUCUAUAGGUAAUUCGUCAGAAGAAGGAAAACGGAGGUGUGUAUUGCUGUGUAGCUGAAUGAGUUGGCCAAUCUAGUAAAAGAAAGAGCAUGGGAAAGCUGUGAUGCUCUUUGCUUUCGUCUUUACUGCCAAGUUCUGCUCUCGAGCUUCUUUCUGUUUAACUAAUGUGUAGGGAAAAAGGGUACUACCCAUAGUAGAAGAAGAUAAGUCGAGGGGAUAGUGAAGCCAAAUGGGCAUACACAGGUGUGUGGGGCCAGGUGGAGAUGUGUGAGUGUGCUGAGGAAGCUGGCUGAUAUCACUGUGUGGCUGCUCUAUCAUCUUUGAAUGGCUCUGAUGACAGUCAAAAGUCCCUAUUGACUGGAAAGAGCCGAAUAUUACUCUUGUUCCCAAAUGAAAAAGAGAUACAAGGGAAUUGCAGGCUGUUCAGCUCCACUUCUGUCUCAAGGAAAGUUACAGAGCAAAUCUUCCUGGAAGCCAUUUCCAAGGACAAGAAGGAGCCACUGAAUAUAGGGACCAGAUCUCCAUUGACUAUCAUGGCAGUUUGAGUCCUAAACUUUUCUGGCUUAAGGUUGAGCUGACUCCCACUGUACCUCCAAGAAAGUGGAUGAUUUCGCCAUGUUCCUGGGUGGAACAAAAGCCUUUGGUAGGACAAAAGCCAAACUUUUCACAGGCCUAACUUAAAUUAUGAGUGUACACAAUCCCUCCUGGAAGGAUGGGAAAUGAAAGUAAAAUGUCUUCUCCGAGUCUACUCAAAAACCUAUGGGAGCCAGCAGAGCUGGUGCCAUGUGUCUGGAUUUGAUGCUGAACAUUCAUAUAUGGAUGUGAGCAAUCCUGCUGUUGUGAGAUGCUGUUGUGAGAUGUCCUGCUGUUCAGCUGAGCAGAGGCUCUGGAUCCUGGUCUGCAUGGGACUUGUUAGCAGUGGUUGUAAGAUUACCAUGCCCAAAGUGGAAUGGAAUAAUCCCUUCUGCAAACAAACACUAAAUGGGAUCAAUGCUGUGGGUUGAUAACUUGUUCCACAGGAGCAGCACCUUAAAUUUCACAGGUGGAAAUCCUAUUUGUCAGAGGAAAAAUGAUCCCACAAAUGUCUGCAAACGUAGUUCUUAGCUUCACCCCUGUGGUUUGUCACACUAAAGUUAGACUGGAGUUAAACUUCAGUCCGUGAGAUCUUGUGGCUCUCAAAUUGGCAAGGAGCUGAACCCACCAGCUCCUAUUAGCUUCAGGCUUGCUCUGAAAUCACCUCCAUUUCUGUCCUGAGAGAGUUAUAACAAGAAAAGGGAGGAGAAAUGUAAACUAGAGCAUGCUGAUUCACAACAGCACUGCAAAACCCGAUCAAACCAAACCAACUAUGAAGUAUCUGUAGCAGUGAAAUCUAGCUGCCAAUGAUUUUGCUGUACAGAACGUUCUUUGGUACCCUUAGUUUGCUGUCCGUACUAAAGCCAAAUGUGUACAUAAUGAAAUAGCUUCUUAAAAGCCUGGCUUUUUUUUUUUGUCUUUCCAAUGCUAUUUUGUGUUCAGAUCUAUAGAGGGGGGAAAAAAACCCACAACUUGAGGUGACUUUUGUUUUAAGGCUGUUUUAAAUUUAUAACAGAGCUGGCUAAAAUGCUUUUCAUCAAAGUACAAAAGUUUCAUGCUGUAAUUAAUGGCAAGUGAUAUCUAACGCAAUAAAACACCAUCAUUUCAGUGUUCUUACAA